UUUAGCAAAAAUGGCUAAAAAGGCUGAUACACCCAGUUAGAGUGUAUAAGAUUGAUGUCAUUGCAGUGUGACUGGUUCAUGCUGCAAUUCCUGGAGCUGGAGAAGAAGCUGUAUGGACAGAAGUCAGCUGUCAGUGUGUUGGAGUGGUACAAGAGUGACCUUUGCCGUGCUCCAGCACAUCACCUCGCCUACCACUUCUACAAGAACCUAGUGCCGGGAUCAGUCACGGAGCAACUAAUGGAGCUGGAGGUGUGUAAGGGGAGAAAUAACCAAGAUAGGUUAUAGUGAAGUGUCCAGCCAUUUUUCCAGAUCCCAGAAUCAUCUGAGCCAAGCAGGGGGUGUUCCACAAAGGGGUGAUAGGACAGAAACACAAGGGAGCAGUGUGGAAGUUUAAUCACAAUACUUUCUUCACACACUACACACAAGAUACCAAAGACAAGAGUAAUACGUAAUACACAUUUACACAAGGACACUGCCGCUGAAGUUUCUCAACACCCUUCCCCUUUCCGUCAUUGUGACAAGAGAAAACACUAACAUACACACACAUACAACCUGUCACUAGGGACAAAUGAGGAUGAGGGCACUUCAUUGCAGUGGAAACCGAGAUGACAGCCAAGAGAGAACAGGUGUGCCUAGUCUUGGCACCGAGUCUGUUCUGCUGGAGUUGGAAUUACAGGGUCUGCAAAUAACCUUGGAAAGAGGCUACAAGAAGCCUACACACACACACACACACACACACACACACACACACACACACACACACACACACACACACACACACACACACACACACACACACACACACACACACACACACACACUGAAGCCUUGAGACAAGUUUAGCUGUUCAAAGCAUCCACACAUUCUAAAACAGCCGAUGACUUGAUGCUUUGGGACAGGCGCUGGUGAGCUGACCUUCUACACUCCCAGGUGGUGGAAGAGGGAAGAGUACCAGGUUCCCCUGCUCCUCCUCAGCUUGCUUAGGUGGGAGUGGUGUUUCAUCCCUUACAAGGUGCUUCUGUUUUCUCACUUCUCUUAAUUCUUUUUACUUCACAUUUCGUUUUGUUUUGUUGUGAUGAGUGAAUGAACAAGAGAGCAACUAAUGGAGCUGGAGGUGCUUCUGCCUUCUCACUUCUCUUAGUUCUUUUUAUUUCACAUUUUGUUAUAAGCUGCCUAUGUUGUGACAAGUGAGUGAACAAAAGAGUAACUAAUGGAGCUAGAGGUGCUUCCAUCUUCUCACUCCUCUUGGUUCUUUGGUGAUUAAUUUCUCUUUCUACUUUAUAUUGUGUGUUGUGAUAAUUGAAGAGCUAAUACAGUCAAGAGAGCUAAUACAGUCAGUGCCAAAUGGUUGUGUGUGUCUUAAACAUAGUGUUAUACUUAGUUGCUGUGCAGUGCCUAGAAAAUACACAGGUCAUGAUGAAAGUUCAAGCUAUAAAGUUUUAUAAGAAUGGUGAAACAAGUAGAAAAAUAAGCUGUGCAACUGAUGCCAAUGUAAAGACUGUGAUGUGAAAUGGUGUGAUGAGUGGUGUGAGGAUGUGCCUCACUUACCCGCUAAAUGAUCUGUUAUGCUCCACUUUUAUGAUUGCCCAAGUGCACAUUCACCCUCUCUGCAAACAAGUGUAGUGGCAUUUAUUUGGGUGAAUGAUCAUAGCACCAUGAUGUUCCAACAGCCAGUGUUUCCAGCACUUGUGUUCACCAACUGUGUUGUGUUUGGAAGUGCCAAAGAUUUACCAGUGAUAUACAACAUCAGUGACUUUAUAUUACCAACCAUGGUUUCCAAAUGUCCUGCUGGCUCCACUGACUGCCUUACCAAGGCCAAGAGAGCAAGGACAAGCAUCAAUCUUGAGAUGAAAUUGGUGAUUCUGAGGCAGCAUACUGGAGGAGAAGGGAUGAAUGCCUUCGUAUGCUUGCUUGAUUUGGCCCAGUCAUCUGUCUCCAUCGUCCUCAAGAAUACUGCAUCAGAAAAGCAGGUGAAGCUUGCACUAUGCUCAUGGCAAAGACGACCACCACACUUACUCACUACAUUGAGAUGCAUCAGCAGAGCAUGUCCUGAUGACCCCAUGGUGCUGGAGCAAGUGAACCUCUACCUUCACAGUUUGGAGCAUAGAGGGCCGGCACUAGAGAGGGCUGUGAUGUGGAUGAGGAGUGCUGAGAGUGACAGUGGCCAAGAAAGCAGUGAUGAGUGUCCAGGUCCCACAAAUGCCUCCUGCACAUUGAGGACAACAGGGAAGAUGGAGGUGCUGAUGAGAUGCCUGUCGCUGCUUGUGGCAAUGCUGGACUACCCUGCUCACACCUGGGAUCUGCAGCGGUGGCAGAAGCUGACACAGGUGUUGACCAAGUUUUACCAGGCCUGGGUCCAUGUGGAAGUCAUCAGCAACCCUGACUACACCAUUUCAAGAGGCCAGGUUAUGUGUACAAGUCACCUUCAGUUGUGUCACAAGAGUAGUGAAGUGCUUCUCAGUUUUUGCUGUUACCAGGUCUCUGAAUCUGAAUGGGUUCUUACUUUGGAAUUCUUUCCUCUUCUCUUUGGGAGAGAACUAAUGGGCUUUUUCUCUUUUCUGAAUUUGUUCUUGGCAUUGGUGUGUCUUCUUUGUGAUUAAAAAAAUGGUAUAGAAAUAGUGCGUUGUUGGUGCCAUCCCUUAAUGUGGGAAGGCAUUAAUCAGGUAACCUCAGUACCACAGUGGUUUGCUGGCUUACCCCCUCAUCCCUAUACUGUCUGAACACUACACUGCCAUUCCCACAAAGCAGGCACUAUUAUUCCUAUUGUUAUUGUCUAUGACUUUAUCCUUUACUUACAACAUUUUCUGUUUUACUAACUAUUUAAUUGGUGGUAUUAUUAUUAUUUUUUUAUUUAUUCAUUUACCUAUUUAUUUAUUUAUUUACUUCUUUAUUUCUUUCUUUAUUUCUUUCUUUCUUUAUUUAUUUAUUUAUUACUUUAUUUUUUUCUGGUGUGUGUGUCAGUGAGGAGAGGGGUUACCUAGUUAUAUUGUACAGGGUCCAAGCUAAAGCUCAUUUGACAUCUCCAUACCUGCAUUUAUCUAAUUUCUCUUUAAAUUUGGUGACAACAAUUGUAACCACCUCCUCACUAAAGCUAUUCCAGAGAUCAGUGCUUCAAUAUGGGAAAUGUAUUUCUUAGUGUCAUUGAGACAUUUACUCUUCUUAAUCUUUUUUAUUUUUUUUUAUUUUAUGUCCUCUUGUACAUCUUGUCCUCUCAUCCAUAUGCAUCUCCAAAACUUGUCUGUCUACCUUUUCCAUACAGUUUAUUUAAUUUGUACAUUGUUAUCAAGUCUCUCAUUUCUUCCAGUUGCUCUUCCUAAGUCUUUUCCUUCAAUUCUGGCACCAUGUCGUUGCUGUCAUUUGUAUUCUUUCCAAUUUCCUCAUAUUCUUCCUAUGUGGAGACCAUGAAGCAUAGUCCAACUUGGGUGUAUCAGAUGUAUCAUGUUUAUAAUUAUUGUUUAUUUAUUUAUUUAUUUUUUCAUCAUAUCCAUGUCCAUGUAGGUGAAAGCCACUCUUAAUGUUACUUAACAUCCUAUAUGUGGAACCAAAUAUCCAACUUAUAUGUUCUUAUGGUGACUGUGUCCCCAAAUCCUUUUCUUUAUUACUUUUCAUCAUCAUAUUUUCACCCAUUUUAUAGUACCAUAUAGGUCUCCUUGUACUUUUUCCUAUUUCCAACACAUAUCAUUUCUUUGGAUUAAAUUCAGGUUUCCACUUUAGGUUUCAAGCAUGAAUUUUAUCCAAAUCUCUCUGUAGUUCCUUACAAUCCUCCUGGCCCUUUAUAGCUCAUAACAUCUUUGCAUACAGCAGACAUAUUAAUGUCUGCAUACAGCAGACAUAUUAAUGUCUGCAUGCAGCAGACAUAUUAAUGUCUGCAUAUAGCAGACAUAUAGCUAUUUAAUUCUUUCUGUAUAUCAUUCAUGUAAAUGUGAAACAUAAUUGGUGCUAAUAAAGAUAUUCUUAUGGUAAUUCACUUGUUAUCCCACCCCAGCUUGAAAUUACAUUGAUUAUUGUCCUCAUUUGUCUA